UAAAGGGGCCGCGCCAGGGCCGGGCUCGGCCCGCUCGGGGCCUCACCGCUCGGAGCGGCGAACCGUGAUCGGCGGGGCCGCGGUACCGCGCGGAAGGGCUCGGCAUGAGAGGAGAGUACAGCUCGUGGGCUGCGUAAGUAAAAUUGCAGAGUUGCCAUCUUCUUCCCACAGCAUCUCCAAAAUUUGCCAACCCGGAAUGCACCCUUUGCGUUUCCCUCCGCACCGCCCGAAACAAAGCGCUGUUCUCGGCAUUACAUCGGCUUUGGACACUUCUUCCUCCCGGGCUGGCUGGCGUGAGGUGCUUUAGUGCCGCUGCAAAGACGCUCAACAGCACGGGGCUGGAAGGGACACUCCAAGACCUGCCACAACUUCAGUCGCCUGCGCUGGACGUGCCAAAGCCACCGGGGUCCUGUCACGGUGACACGGGCCUGCUGUGUGAUGUCACACUUAGUCACUGAUAUUAAACAGUCCUGCUGAAAUUAUCCCGAGGAUCAACUUAGAGAAAAGCCAAUAGAUGGUGCUUGAGAGAGCAGACACUUUUAUUGCUGGCUUUCCUAAAAUAUGUUAAGCCCUACAAAUGGCACCACACUCUGUAGACAAUUAUAGUUGUCCAUAAGCUGUGAAAAGCCAGGAAAUAAUUUUUGAAACCUUGCCUCAUGGCCAUUAGUUUGUUACCAUCUUUAAUCUAGAAAUUAAAUGGCUAUUAUCUUUAAAAAUAAAAUAAAUUAGCUCCUGCUUGCUCUACAGUAUUCAGUCUCCACAACUGGAAGUCCCUUCUGGAAACGGUCAAAUACAGCUACACUUAAAUGAGACUUAUGGCAGUAAUGUUAUCACCAGCACUGUGACUCUUGGAGAAAUACAUUUGAUAAUCCUGACAUAGAUCAUGCAGAGAAGAGCUAAACAUACAGAGUACCCAAUGUUUCAUCUUUACCAUUAUCAAAAACAACCGGCACCGUGUUCCAAAUGAGCACUCCAUGCAGCUGCUUCCUUAAAAUGGAAAUCCAUCACAUGCUAGUUAUGUCUUACUCUAAAUUCUGUCAGGAGCCUGAUUGCUAGUGAAUCUCUUCCAAGAAGGUAGGACACAUUCAUCACUGUAGCAAUUGCACCGCUGACUGUUUUCGUAACAGUGCCCUAAGAUCAGCUCUAAAACUGAUCACCACAUUUGUCUGCCACAAUUUGAUAACUGAAUACCUCAUGGCCACAUCCUGGUGAGUAGAUUCUUUCCUUUUCUAGGAUGAGUAGUAUCAGUGAACAUUUAACUCUGUCCUUCAACAUGCUGUUCAUUAUUUCUAUCUGAACUUCGUUUGAAGUUUUGCUCAUUUACUUGCAAGCUCCCCGACUGUUCUUUUUCUCAUGGCUCCGUUCAGGGCAUGCUUUGCUCCACAUGCAAAGGGUCAGGGCCUCUCUGCCAAAAUUAGGAGUACAGCACACUACACUCGUGCUUGAAACGAGAGUUUCUCAUUAUUAGGACAACAUACUGCAGACUUCGAAUUAUAUUAGAAAUAAUGCAGCUGUGCAUUCACUCACACUCCUAGAAGCAUAGACAGGAGAGUUUGUUGUAAGGGAUACGUACUAUUCUGUCACUGAACAGCAAGGUGUUCAGUGGGGAAAAACAUAUUUUGAAGAUUGAAUCUGCUCUCUGACUGGAAAAGAGAAGUAACAAAACAAACUGGCCAUGAAGUCCAGCAGCAUGCCCGCAAGGAGCUCCGCUCCCUCCCCGACAAUCCGGAGCCGGAGCAGCCCCUCGCCAGCCGGGGAAGGGGUGGAUGCUGCAGCACGGCCACGGCCCGGGGAGUCUCCACCCCUCGAGUGGCGCUACAAGGAGGACAGAGAUCAGAGCAGACACACAGGAAACACAAACCCAGAGCGGUCUGGAAAGAAAAACAUCAAGAGAAUACAGAAGAGAAAAAGCAAAAAAGGUAAUUUGAGAUUUGGAGUUGAUGUGGAAAACACUCAGAAUGGAAGGCAAACUCCCAUGUCUCCUUGUGCUGGUGGGAGCAGUCAUGACUGCCCAGUGCCAGGGCUUACACACGCGUUUCAAACGAGGAGCCAGAUCUAGAGCCAUUUGCACAGAUAAUUCAUCUGCAGAAAUUUACCAACACAGGGGGACCUGGCUGAGGCUUUCAGGGAGCAGAAUAGAAUACUGUAGGUGCGACAGUGGUCGGAGUCAUUGCCACACUGUACCUGUCAGAGCCUGCACUAAAAAUAAAUGCUACAAUGGGGGCCAAUGUUCACAGGCAUAUUACUCUCCACAGCUCUUCAUCUGCCAGUGCCACCAAGGUUUCUCAGGGAAGCAGUGUGAAAUUGAUACUCAAGUUAAAUGCUACAAAGACACUGGAGUAACAUACAGGGGUACGUGGAGCAUGACAGAGAGUGGAACUGAAUGUUUAAAUUGGAAUAGCAACGCCUUGGUGAACCGGAUGUACAGCGGGCAAAGACAGGAUGCUGCUGAGCUCGGACUGGGCAAUCACAACUAUUGCAGAAACCCGGAUGAGGAUUCCAGACCUUGGUGCUAUGUCUACAAAGGGGGAAGGUACACCUGGGAACACUGCAGUGUGCCCUCCUGUUCAAAAGUUAGUAACAUCAACUGCAGAUCUGGAAGAGGCACAGAUUAUCGUGGCAGCCACAGCGUUACCAGUUCUGGAGCUACCUGUUUGAAGUGGAAUUCUCGAAUCCUUGAAAACAAGCUAUAUACUGCUUGGAGAAGAGAUGCUUACCAGCUUGGCCUUGGUAGUCACAAUUUCUGCAGGAAUCCUGAUAAUGACAGCAAGCCCUGGUGCCAUGUCUUGAAAAGAAAUCAGCUCACAUGGGAAUACUGCAAUGUGCCUACUUGCUCCACCUGUGGCUUACGGCAACACAGAGCACACCAGUACAGGAUCAAAGGAGGCUCCUACGCAGACAUUGCAGCUCACCCAUGGCAAGCUGCCAUCUUUGUGAAGUAUCACCGAGUGCCUGGAGAGCACUUCCUCUGUGGAGGAAUUCUGAUCAGUUCCUGCUGGGUUUUGUCAGCUGCUCACUGUUUUGAGGAAGGCUUUAGUACAAAUCAGCUGAAGAUUGUGCUGGGUAGGACUUCCCGAGCAACUCCCGAGGAAAAUGAACAGAAGUUCCGAGUGAAAAGCUACACUGUGCAUCAGAGAUUUGACUCAGAAAAUUUCAACAAUGAUAUUGCUCUGUUGCAGUUAAACUCAGAUGCAGAAGACUGUGCUGUUGAAACAGGCACUGUCCGUGCUGCCUGCCUCCCCAUGACAGAGCUGCAGCUGCCUGACUGGACUGAAUGUGAGAUCUCUGGCUAUGGCAGAAAUGAAGAAUUUUCUCCGUUCUAUUCAGAGCACCUGAAGCAAGGCCAUGUCAGGUUGUUCCCAGCCAGCCGGUGCACAGCACAGUACCUGGACAACCGGACAGUCACAGAGAACAUGCUAUGUGCAGGAGACACAAGGCACCUUGAUGAUGCCUGCAAGGGUGACUCUGGAGGGCCUCUGGUCUGUAUGAAGGAUGAUCGGAUGUAUCUGAUUGGAAUCAUCAGCUGGGGAAUAGGCUGUGGCCGCAGAGGCAUUCCUGGUGUUUAUACCAAUGUGAAUCGCUAUCUGGACUGGAUUCAGGACACUAUGAAACUCUGAGAAAGACAAAUGAACCCUUUGCAAUCCUGCAACUAUGCCCUCACAGCUUCCUUCUGGGUGCUUACUUAAGUAUGCUGGCAGGGCUUCCUGUUUGUCCAGAUGCUUAGGACUUCUAGUACAACAGGAAGACAAACUGCAAUGUGUGGGAAGGGCAUAUUCUCAAAAUACUCUCCUUAUUACAGGUUAUUGGAAGCUAAUCAUCCUUUUCCCCAACAUCACCAAACUUUCACCUUGCAUCAAAUCACAGAAGUACAAUAAAAAAUCAACUCUAGCCCUGAGUGAAUGAGAGAACAUCAUGCAUCUCUUCAGCAGCUGUAUUGCUUUAAGAAUGGGUGUGAACUGAAGGGGACAUUUAAUUUCCUGAAAACUUCAUCUCCCUCCUUACUUGGCUGUACAACUGAAAGACAUUAAGCUCUGUCCUUAUACCAUUUGACUUUGGUAAUUUAAGCUGGUUUCAAUAGAAGCUGGUUUCCAAUAGAAAGAACAAAAGCUGUAGGCAUGGGCUGCUUAUUUCCAGAUUAAUACACUACUUGCUUCUUCAGUUUGGAACCAAUUAAUUAACUGAGUUGGAGCUUAAACUCUCUGAGCAAAUUCAGGAUGGCAUGCUUAUUAGGAUAUUUUAUUCUUUCACUUGGUUUUUCUCCUGAUAACGGAAUGGGCAAAAAUUUUAACACCAGCCUGAUUUGCCACAGAUUCAAUGCAUAUUUUUGACUAUUAAAUUUCUAUGCAUUCUCAUCUGA